AAUCACGUCAAUUCAAAAAAGUGUCCUGAUUGGUUCAAAAUCAAAGAGCUUUCUCAUUGGUCCAGGCUUUUAAUUCACAAAAACCGCCAUUGCCAGAUCAAAUUUCUAAUAAGAAUUUCUGUGAAAUUAGCGUGCUUUUUUACGCAAAAACGCGGUAAAUGUGUGAAAAACUUUGAAAGUAGCAUCCAUCAAUUGUGUAUUCAGUGAAAAGUUUCCAGAUAUUUACGUAGUUUUACGUAAAAAAGAAGAAAUAAGUUGGCGUCACUUUUUUGGCAAGAUGUCGAAAUUAAAUACUAGAUUUAAAGACCGCUAUCUUCAAGAACUGUUCGCUUACAACCCCGAAGACGAGAUUUACGCAUCUUCUCCGCUUACGAUCGAUGAAGAAGUACAGUUGAUUCUUCAACUAAAUUCAUUGAGAAACGUGGAGUUUGCAAGCACCCAAGAAUUCUUCGGAAGUGAUUCGUCAGAAAAGGAAGUCACUGUCUCAGCGAAUUCCGAAGAUCCCAUUGUUGAAGUUCCACCAUCGCGGCCUUCAACUUCCAAUGAUGAAACAAAUCAUGUCGAAGCAAAUUCCGAAGUCUCAAAAGAUCCACCGCGUCCUUCAGUUGACAAUUUUGAAGUUAAUUUCGAUUUCUUAAACGAUUCCAUAGAAAGCGAGGAAAACGCCGCUGCUUAUUCAGAAAUUCUCCAUGACGAAAUAAUUGAUGAGACAGUUGAUAUUUUGGACGAUUCGACAGCAAACGAGGAAAAUGUAGCAGCACAUUAUGAAGUUCACGAUGAUGAUAUUAUUAUACUGGAAAACCCGGUUCAAAAUGUCCCGUUGCCCGAUGUUCAUGCUCAUUCGUUGCCACGUAGCAGUAAGGAUCAAGCAAUCCAAACGGAAGAACCGAAAAGCAAUCUCGCCUUAAAUCACACUCCUAAAAUCGAAAUGAUUGAUUUGACCCAUAUUCCAAAUUCGAUCUCAAAUGUUCCAACGGCACCGCAAACAAUCGAUUUGACUGGAAUCAUGAAUUCGACAAUUGAUUUAGAACAUGAGGCUGGACUUUAUGUAACAGCUCGUCAAAGCGCCAAACGAAAGAGGGAUAACCACGUCGUUAAAAGUGAGUUGAUCGAAAUUGUCGAUGAUGAUGAAAUAAUUUGUUGUGGAACAGCAGUGCCUGCAUUCAAAAAUGAAAUCAUCAAAGUUGAGGAAGAUGUUGUAAUAUGCGAGAACAAUACAGUCGUAAAAACUGAGGUGAUUGAUUUAGAUGCCACAGUUCCAUUUAUGGCAAGAAAGCGUGCACGUCUCGUUCCGAAGCCUUGCACUUCGACACCUUUAAGAGCACUUAAUGAUAUCAACUUGCCAAAAUUCAGUGGAGACACAUCUCACGAUCUCAGUCGAAUUUCACAUGUGUCGAACACUCCUGAAGCUUAUCUACCGAAACGUCGCCGAUUAAAUGAUGCUUCUGCUUCGACCAGCACUUUUGUUAGCAAUCCUCUUCCUGGUAGUUCAACAAUGACGAAUAAUGAUUUGCUACUUCGGCACAACUAUGCAGAUCGUCAUUUACAAACAUCAAAUCCGGGAAAUUCUUUCUGCAUCAAGAAAGAAGAUAAGAAAACGGCUUUUUGUGAAACGUCGUUUGCAAAAGUGAAACGCGAAAUGAUUGAAAUUCUUGACGACGACGAAGAUGUUUUACUUUGCGAAACAAAAUUGGCCACUAUCAAGGAAGAAUCUUUCGUCAAAAUGGAAGAUGAUGUUGUGGUAAAGCAGGAGGUGGUUAAAUUAGAGCACACAGUUCCACGUUUGCCACGAAAACGUGUUGCACGGCCUAGUACAUCCACACCAAUGACAGGGCAGACAAAUAUAAGUUUGCCCAGUUUCAGUGGAAACUCAGUACAAAAUACUAGCUCAGUAUCGCACAUUAAAACCUAUGUUGCAGUAGUUCCCCCCAUGUCUCCUUUGCGAAAACAACGUCCAUUAAACACUACUGCCUCAAGUAGCUUCGUUACAAAUCGAACCCGGAACUUUACAACGCCUCGUCGCAACAUUCCAGACCUUGAUGAUCGUCAAUUACAAGGAUUGUCUUUCGUAUUGGGAGCAUCAAACGAUCUUCCCGCACUUCUACCACACGAAGAUGAGAAUGCAGAAAACGAGGAGGAGGAUGAUGAAGUGAUGGCUAACCAUUUAAUGGAAUUGCUAAACAAUGGGGAUCUCAAAACGUGGGACGAACUAGUGGACCAGAUGGAUUCGGUUCGCAAAUUGUAUGGCAAAAAGGAUUUUAGUUCUUAUAUCAUGGAUCGUAACCGGGUAAUUCCUCGCUUGAAGACAACGUACGAAUCUUUGAACGACCGUCCCACAUCUCAAAUGUUGCAAGCCACACCAGCACGUCUCACAAAACAGCUGAAGCCACAUCAACAAAGUGGAUUAAAGUUCAUGCUUUGGCGCGAGACACAAGAUCCUGCUGGAGGCAUCAUUGCAGACGACAUGGGACUUGGUAAAACGAUGAGCAUUAUAGCAUUGGUGGCUGAGACACUUUCACGCAAAAUACCAGAUAAACUUCGUCCUGCAGGAAUUAGGUAUACAGGACCGACACUUGUCAUAUGCCCGCCAUCAAUCGCAGCUCAAUGGGCAGCCGAGAUCUCGUCAUCCUCCAGAGGCAUCAAAGUGCUUAUCCAUCACGGUACAACUAAAAUUGAACAAGUUGAAGAGUUUAUGAUGUACGAUGUUGUCAUAACCAGCUACUAUGCGGUCGUCAAUGAAAAACGUCUCGGCAAAAAGUUAAUGUACAAAGUGUACUGGAAACGGAUCGUAUUGGACGAGGGACAUUUUGUUCGCAAUUCAGAAUCGCAGCAGUGUGAGGCAAUAUGUGCUCUGCAGGGAAAAAUGCGAUGGAUUCUUACAGGAACACCUGUCCAUAACCGCGUGGAUGACGUUUUUUCAUACUUGAAAUUUUUGAAAUGCACUCCUUUCGACGAAAAACGCAUUUUCACUAGAUGGACCACUAACCGAAAGGGAUCGCACGAUGGCACCAGUCGUUUAAACGUUAUUUUGAAAGCUUUGAUGAUACGCCGAACAAAAGCGGAGCUCCAAUUAUUAUCAGCAGAAAAAGUGGUAAUUGAUAUCGAAUACGAUUUAGAACCGGUAGAAGCCGAAGCUUACAAACGAUUGAUGAUGUUGUCGCAAGCAUUAAUGAAACUUUAUUUAAAUCACAAAGCUCAACAAGAGGGAACACUGGAAACUUGCGCGUACACCGGAGCGGAAAUGCAAAAGUUGCAAAAAAUUAUGUUUAGCAAACUUAACGGGAUCUUGCAGUAUACCCACAUAUUUGUAUUAUUGUUGCGUCUCAGACAACUUUGCACUCACCCGGCUUUGAUUAAAUCCAUGCUGACUAACGGAGAACUAGAUUCGGAUGAUUUGGAAAACGAAGAGGUUGAAGCAGAACACGUUAGUGCCAUUAGUCAGAUAAUUAACGAAUCCAUUGAGAACAAGGACUUGUUCAAUAUUAAAAAUGAGAUAUUCAGUAGCGAAAGGCCAAGCACAAAACUCGCAAAACUAAUGGAAGUUUUGAAGGAAAAGUUUAUCCCUACACAAGACAAAGGAAUAAUUGUGUGUGAAUGGCCAAGUUUUCUCGAUAUCAUUGCGGAUCAUUUGUCGGAAAUGUCUCUUUCUUUCGAAAUGUUUACCGGAAAAACAGAUAUGAAGGAUCGCCCAGAAAUUUUAAAGAGAUUCAACAGUGACUGCAUGAACCCUCGUAUUUUGCUGAUGUCCUUAGGAGUUGGAGGUGUUGGAUUAAACUUGGCAAAGGCCAAUCACAUCUUUCUAAUGACUACACAUUGGAACCCUCAGAACGAAAUUCAAGCAGAAGAUCGCUGUUACCGUAUUGGCCAAACAAAGAAUGUAUUCAUUUACAAAUUUAGAGCAAGCGGUACGAUCGAAGAGCGGAUCUUUAAUUUGCAGAAACAAAAAUUGAAAAUCGCUCAUAAUAUAAUAACAGGAGCGACUGGAAACAAUUAUCGUCUCACUGUAAACGAUCUUAAAUCGUUAUUCGGAAUCUAAUGCUUCGUUGAUUUUUCUCUUUAGUAUUAUACUUUAUUUGUUUGAAUGAUUGAUCAUUCCCAAUUAAUUUUUUCCUAUUCUACUGUUCGUGUUUUAACAUUGUAACAAAUAAACGAAAACAAUUGACAAAAAUUCGGUGAAUAUUAUAAUAAUUAUCUUUAUUGAAACUCAAUCUGGUUAUACUUACAUGAGUAUGUGACAGCAUUUCUUUCAUA